AUGUGAGAUAUGAUAAACAAGUAAUGAAGAUCUUUCCUGGUCUACCACCAACAGAUUACAUGAAAGUCAUUGUAUUUGGAUGCCAAGUAAUUGGCUUACAAGUAAAUCUUUAUGCAAUGGAUGUCCAAACUUCAUUAAUUUAUUGUUUCGGAAUGAUUGAUAAAGUUUCUUUACCUGCCUCAACAAAAGAGUUGCCUGCUUACGAAGCAGUGCAUAGAAUGUUAUGUUGUUUGGAGUUGAGGCGAAAAUAUUACAAAGCAGGUGUGACAAUGGCAGAAAGCAGGACUAAAAAACCAAUAUAUGAUAGAAAAUUCAAAGGUCUCAAAAUCAAUAGUUCAAAUCAGAAAGAAAAUUCAUCAAAUGAACAAGAAGUGGUUGAUGAUGAAAAUAAUGAAAUAAUUCAAGCAUUGAAUGCUGUCAAUUACUCUGAGGAUAGUUAUCCUCCUGAUAAAGAAGAAAAACCAUGGAGAAAAUUAUUGGUAGUACUUCGUGAUGGUCGUAAGUUAAUUGGGGUACUUAGAUCAUUUGACCAAUUUGCAAACUUGGUUUUACAAGAUACAAUAGAAAGAAUUUAUGUAGGAGAUGCUUAUGGAGAUAUCCCAAGGGGAAUUUUUAUAAUUAGAGGAGAAAAUGUUGUACUAUUAGGAGAAAUUGAUCUUGACAAAGAAGAUGAAUUACCACUUAGACAAGUCGCAGUAGAUGAGAUUUUAUUAGCACAAAGAGAAGAGAUCGAAGCAAGACAAAAAAAAGAGAAACUUAAAAAUAAAUUAUUAUAUGAUCAAGGGUUUAGUGUAGAUUUUACAGAAACAGAUUUAUAUUGA